UUCCCCAAUUACUCUUUCCUUUCCAAUUUAGGAAAACCAAUUCCUAGUUAUUACUCCUACAAAACUUUCCAAAUUUACACGUUAUUUACUAUCUAUAAAUGUUACUCCAAAUCAAAAAGUCCCCACAUUAGCAAUACGCCAACCAUGAACAUGAACAAUACUGACGCCGUCAAUUCCACCGCCAUGAAUGUUAAGAAAACUCAAGGACGGAGGAAAAUCGCUAUGAAGCCAAUAGCAAACCAGAACAGUAGGCACGUUACUUUUUUCAAGCGUCGCUCGGGUCUUUUCAAGAAAGCUAGUGAACUUUGCAUUUUAUGUGGUGUAGAAAUUGCUAUUAUCGUUCAAUCUCUCAAACGACAGCGGUUAUUCACAUUUGGUCACCCUAGUGCCGACGCCAUCAUUGACCGGUACCUCAGCGGAAAAUCCGCCUCCGAUCAGCAGUUCAGCUUUGUGCAACAGAACAAUGAAUAUUUUUCUCAAAUCUCUAGAGAAUUGGAUGAAGAAGAGAUUAUUGAUGAAUCAAAGAGGGUGAAUGGUAAUAAUAACGGAUUUUGGUGGAAUGAGUCGAUUGAUGAUAUGGGGAUUGAGGAUCUUGAUAAAUUUGUGGAUGCAUUGGAAGAAUUGAAGAAGAGAGUGAAUAUGAGAGUUGACGAAUUGAAUAUGAUAAAAGGUUCUUCUUCAUUGCCGUCUACUUCAACUAUGAAUCAGGCUAUUGAUUAUUGUGCUUCUGUUGUUCCUUUUGAUUUCAAUUAG